GGAUGACUGGUGAAGAUGGGGACCAUCUUUUCUUAGGGCGUGGGAUGUUAAGAAGAAAAAAAAAAGAAAAAAGAAAAAAAAAAAAGAAAAUCAAUUGUCUCAAGAUAAAUCUGCAAAAGUACGCGCGGUCUUCUUACAAUACGUUUCUUCAACGGCAAAUCUUUGGAAUCCACUUCAUCGAUGAUACCAUGACACUCUCUGCCACUCGUAUGGUCAAUCCGGACCGAUACUCUUUCAUUCAGGUUCGCUCUGCCAAGAUCCCAACGACCUUCGAUGAACGGUGGGACUGGAUAAAGGUGUUCGAACUUCUCCUGAAGUUAAAGGCCGACCUCAUCGAACAGGAACGGAUCACAUCAUUGCUUGAAAAGCAACGGGUGGGCCUUCUGGAGGUGGAUGUUAGUGUUCAGGAUGCAUUCAAAUAGUUUACCACACUCGCCCCUCAUAUGAUACCUUAGUGUAGCUAGGUCCAUUAGUUUAGUACACAUAGUUUAGUACACUUUUAUUCAAAUAAAAUUAUAUACCGUUAUCACUCUC